GCGGUGAGGGGGACGAACAUGGCGGCGGCGGCGGCCGAAGCUGAGGAGAGCGGGCCGGAGGAGGACGACGAGGAGGACGAUGACGAUGAGGAGGAGCUGGACCUGUCGCGCCUGGGCGUGUCGGCGGCGAGCGUGGCGUCCGAGGUUUUGUCCCGGGGCCCGAGCGGGGCGCGGCGGCUGCUGCUGCCUCAGAACGGGCUCCGGGCGCUGCCGGCGGGGCUGGGCGCGCGGUUCCCGCGGCUGCGGCUGCUGGACGUGAGCGGCAACGGGCUGAGCGCCCUGGGGCCCGAGCUGCUGGCCCUCGGACGGCUGCGCACGCUGCUCGCCAAGAACAACCGGCUGGGCGGGCCCAACGCGCUGCCCAAGGGGCUGGCCCGGGCCCCGCUCGGGGCCUCCCUCCGCGUCCUCAACCUCAGCGGAAACCGGUUCCGACACCUGCCGCCGGACCUGCUCCGCCUCCGCGGCCUCCGCAGCCUCAGCCUCGGCGGGAACCUCCUCCACGCCAUUCCCCCCGACAUCGAGAACCUGCAAAGUUUAGAGUUUUUAUACCUUGGAGGAAACUUCAUCAGAGAAAUCCCUCCGGAAAUCGCCAACCUGCCGUCUCUGAACUACUUGGUGCUGUGUGACAACAAGAUCGAGAGUAUCCCACCGCAGCUAGCCCAGUUGCACUCGCUGCGGUCACUGAGCCUUCACAACAACCUUCUGUCGUACCUGCCCCGGGAGAUCCUCAGCCUGGUUCAGCUGCAGGAGCUGAGCCUGCGCGGCAACCCUCUGGUGGUGCGCUUCGUCAGGGACCUCACCUACAACCCCCCGAGCCUCCUGGAGCUGGCGGGUCGCACCAUCAAGACCCGCGGCAUCACCUACACUCCCCGGGACCUCCCCGAAAACCUCAUCCGCUACCUGGACUUAGCCAGCAACUGCCCCAACCCCAAGUGUGGAGGCGUCUACUUCGACUGCUGCGUCCGGCAGAUCAAGUUCGUCGACUUCUGCGGGAAGUACCGGCUGCCCCUGAUGCAUUACCUUUGCUCGCCGGAGUGCUCGUCCCCCUGCAGCUCCGCUUCGCACAGCUCCACCUCCCAGAGCGAGUCCGACUCGGAGGACGAGGCCAGCGUGGCCGCCCGCAGGAUGCAGAAAGUCCUCCUGGGCUGAGCCGCGCGCCCGAGGGGGCGAGGACCCGGGCGGGCUGCUCCACCACCUCGGGGUCGUCGUCCUCCUCUCCUCGUUGUCCCCCACCCCCCGACUUGGCGGAAGACUCGGACUGCCCCGUCACCAGCGCCACGGGGCCGCCUUUUCACGGCGACGAUGAGAAGGCCCACCGUAAGGCGUUUUAGAGUCAGCGGGCCGUUGCCGUGCCGGAUUCUUGGCCCUGGCAGGGAGGGGUGGAGGUGGGACGACAGACGGCGGGCGGGGCCGGGCUGGGCACCGAGGGGGUGGAAGGAGAGGCCCGGCGGAGAGCGGGCACGGUCUUCUGCUCAAACCACCACCCUCUCUACCGCAGGGUCGUCCGACUCUGCCACCCUCCUCCCGUUCCGCCCAUCUUCCCUUCUCCUCUGUGCCUUGUCCUCCUCUCGGAACAGAACUCUCAGGGUCUUCUGGGACCACAUCCCCCUCUGACUUUUUAAUGCGCUCCGGUCCUCGUUUCGGUGCCACCGUCUGCCCCCACCCCGAGCACCGAUCCUUCCUCUCAUCCAGAACUUCCUCUCCUCCGUGACCACCGCCACUGUGCCUUCACCCGGGCAGGGAUCUCGGGCGCUUUCUGUCUCCAGGCCGUGGUGCCAACGUUGCCUGGAUUCCGGUGUCCGUGCCAGGGCUCGAAGGACGAUUCCCAACGAGCUUCGAUGCCUCUGCCCACCUGCCGUCAGGGCCGAUCUGGGCUUUGGCGGGAGCCGCCUCCCACUUCUGCUAUGCAAUAAGGGGAGCGCGGGUGGUCGCGAGCAAGUCUUUUUCUCCCGUGAUGGAGCCCGACUCCCCCCAGAGAACCAAGCCCAAAACAAGGGCCUUUCUCCGCCUGCCCGGCCUGAGGCGGGUGUGUGAACCGGGGUUGGGAUGGCUCGGGGGUGAAUCUCCCCAUCUGGCGUCACGGCUGGCCGUCUUCUGCCAAAGCUUGCCGGGUGAGGGGACCAGUAGUCUGAUGUUUGUACUGCCAGGGCAUGAAGUCUGCUCUCUUCACGCGUGCCACAUCGUUGCGCACUUUGGGACCAAUUGAGGCGGCGCUACUCAGCCAAGCGAGAAUCGGCCCAGCGGUUUUAGCACUGCAGCUGUGCUGUUGGCUCGCCCCAGCGAUCCUGUAGACUGGCAGGUGGCUCAGCUGCGCGUCGAUUCUGACCCCACCGUCUCAGGGCAGGGCAGAGCCUUGGCCCCCUCCCCCCUGGAAGAGAGGGCAGUUUCCCCUUCACUCGCAGGCUGACCCUGGUCACCUGGAGAGCCAAGUGCCAAGCACCUUCCCGAGCUCACGACUGGACGGGUCGGAGGGCGGCUUCCUUCCCUCCUUCUCCCUGGGAAUUCUCAUUUAGUGCUGAGAUCCUAGGUCCCGGGGCUGGGGGCUGAGUGGCGGGGAGAAGCAGCCUCUCUCCUGUGGCAUGCUUAUUCCACCCCCCCAGCCUUAUUUGAGACAUGUCGGGUCUGUGCUACCCCCACCAACACUAAAACACCUCCCACCGCCAAUGCUGAGCCUCCUCCCUAGCCUCCGAAGGUGGCCCGGAUGGAAGCUUGCUUGGAAGCUGUGUCUUCUGAGAUCCCGGAGAGAAAUCUCCGCUCUUCCCCCUCUGUCUCUCUCUUCCCCUUGCCCCCCAUCUCUUUCUCUCUGCCUCUUUACGCCCCAGCUCCAGCCCUGCGAAAAAAGGGCCGAGAAGCGUCCUCCCGUCAUGGGGUACUGGGCUCGGUGGCCCAGGCGGCACUUCCCUCUGCCAGCAGGAGCCAUCGAGGCAUGGGGGGGCGGGGCCCAGAUCCAGUUUCUCAUGGCCGACUGGCCCUUCGGACCUGCGGCUUUUGGAUGUCUUGAAAGGAGCCCUUUGGCGGUUGGGGGAAGACAAGCUGCUGCCUUUGUUAUCCUCCUGUUGGCCGAACUGAAUAAGGAAACUUAAUCCGAUGAGCGUAAUGAGAAUUAAUCCCCACAAUCGCAUCUUUGUUGGAAGCUCAAGGAGCACUUUGAUGCAUCUAAUUCGCACGGCCGCCCUUUCAUGCGGCCCCUGGCUCCUCGGUUACUACAGACCCGCCCUCAUUAAGGGGCGGUCACGUGACCGUAGGAGACCCGCUUGAUCUUCUGUCCGAAUUGCACCCAAUUCAGAAUCAAGUGCCUUAUUAUAAUUUUUCCCCCCUUUCCAAAGAAUUUGUGCAGAAGCAUCCGGGCUGGGAAUUCCCACACGGAGCCAGCGUUCCAUCGAGCGGUAACGCGCCUGGCGUGAAAUUCAAAGCGGCCGCCGUUGCUUCCCAGAGCCCCGUGCGUCUGCAGGGAGCGACGCUUUCGGCUUCGGGGCCGCCCGCUCGUGGGCCAAUUAAGACUGCGUUCGGUGGGCACAGCACUGUGUAGGCCUCGAGAGAGUGCCACGGUUGGACAAGAUUCCCCGUUCCCAAGGAGCUUGCAGUCUAGCGGGGGAGGCAGGCACAGACCAACUUGGGGGAGGUGGACGUGUGGAAAAGUGCGUGCUUAAAAAGGAAGGUGGGUGUAAAAGUCGACGGGUGCACCGGCCGGGGUUGUGAGCCCACGGGGGCGAAGAAGAUUAUGCCCCGGGGAGAAGGAAAGAACCCAGUCACGAGUUCGGAAGUAUUUUUGCCGUUGUCUUGCAUGCCAGCUGGCUGGGCGGAGAGACCUGGUGCUUUAAGCCAUCAUUGUGACGGCACUUGAAAUAUUCGGCCAAACUGGUGCAGGGGGAGAGGAGAGAUUUAUCUGUGAGACUGGACGGGUAUCUCCUUGAUUGCCCCAGAACCCUCCCUGACGGGCAGCUGCCGCCCGAGCCCACAAACACUGUGAAACAUCCCUCUGGGGAGACCUGUUGGUGCUCAGGUCCGGCGCCCCGAGGGAGACUGAGGCUGUUCUCUUCCAAGCGCUUGGUGCAGUGCUCAAUAAACACAAAUUCAGACGGGACUCAACGGAGGUGAGGUUGCACUUCUGCCUGGGGAGGUGGUUUUCUGGUUAGAUUCCCUCUUCCCCACUGGACCACUGGGUUCUGACCGUUUGCUCAACCAUCUUGGCUUCUUCCCCUCUCGAGGCUUUCCCAUCCCUUAACACCUGUAAGAGCGGACCCUCUCUGUGGGCACGUUGGCCUUGUAUUUCUGUUGCAUCCCCCCAGCACUUGGUGCAGUGUACUGCACUCGGGAGGCGCUCAAUAAAUGCUGUUACUGCUGCUA